UUCUGGAUCUUUCAUUCUGGAUAAGUUUUCUGUUUAUAGCUCUUUUUCUUCCCACUCUGUGUUUCUUUUUAAUUUUUUAAAAUUGGGAGUGUUGUAUUUGGCUGUUGUAUGAUAAUUUUAUGUAUGUGAGAAUACACCAGUGGUUUCAUUAGAAAUUCUUUUGAAUGUUCGGCCUACCGGUUGUACUGUGUAUUUAUGAUUAGAGUUCUCAUUCUAUGGUUGGAAAGAGCAGGGUUUCUUAUGGAUCCUUGCGGCUUUGGUUGAUGAAUUUUCAUCAUUGACAGCUUUGUUAGGUAAUCGACCACUUUUAUCUGUUUCUGGUCGAUGGAAAAUAAUCCGAGCAACACACACUGGGAGUAAUUUAUUUAGCCUUUGGGUCUGACGAUUUGAUUCAAUUUGCUAACACGAUCUGUUCUUAUAUAUCUAUCAUAAAAUUAAAAAUUAGAACAGCAGAGAUUUUUUUCACGUAGGAGAAAAGUUGUUCCCUCUUAAUUCUGUAUUUUUUUUUUUUUUUUUCGUGUGAAAGCAUUUUGAAGCAGUGAGAUAUCCUCUUGUUUCUUGUCUGCUGUGUGCAGCAUUUAUCACAUUAUAUGUCUAGAGUUCAGCAAAUUCCUAACCAUUUGAUUUUGGGCUCUUUAAGGAAAACUAGAAGAGGAUUUGGUUUUCUGGAGUUACCACUUGAAGUUCCAUUUAUGACUUUUUCUUGUGGAUGGACCCCUAAAUAUUGAAUGGGGAAGAGAAAGGGAUAAGAGGUAUCACGAUUCUGGAGUGGGUAUCUAAUAAAUGAGUACGUUUCUGCCUGCAUAUUGUGAAUAUGGGCACACUGAGGAGGACAAUGUGCCAGGAAUACACUUUUCUUCUUGGCAAACUAGCUAAACAAUGAUUUAACAUUUAGGUCCUCUUCUUCUGUAUUUAUUCAUUGGGCAUAUGAGUAAAUAAUGUAGUCAUUUUCUUCAAUCAUUGGGUAUGGGUAUUGCUUGCUUUACAUGUAUUAUUACUAUGGUUAGCUCUAAGUUGACUGCUUUAAUUGCUAAUUCAUUACAAUAGCUGUUUUUUGCCAUUGUUUCACCAUUGCUAUUCUAUAGAAUUUAAGAGCUAAACACAUUCAGUUAAUCAAUUGAAAGCUCUUUGCAUUUGAAUUUGCCAUGUGGCUGAUUGAUUUUAUGGGGCUGUGAGUAUUCUAGAAUUUUACCCAACUCAAUAAUUUGGUUGAUCUGUUUGCUAUUUUAUUGAUAUUACCCAUCCUCUCUUACCUAGUAGUAGCUUGCUUCCUUCCAUAUCUGUGUUCAUUUUGUGGUUGGUCUUGAGUAAUUAAACUCUUGCAGGAUGUGUUAAUUAGGCAUCUAACUACUCUGAAAUAAAGUCGGUCACAUGGUUGGUCACUUCCAAUUGGGUUUUAGGAAGCAUCUGCAGUUUCUUGACAAAUCCAUGGCCUUUGAGCAGUACUUUGCGCAAGGAUGGAAACAUGUUUCUGGCACAGAGCGAGAGAACUACAAGGGUUGUUUUGAUUGUAACAUUUGCUUAGACUUUGCCCAUGAGCCUGUGGUUACUCUCUGUGGCCACUUAUACUGCUGGCCUUGCAUCUAUAAAUGGCUACACGUCCAGAGUGCCUCUCUUGCCAUUGACGAGCACCCGCAGUGCCCUGUUUGCAAGGCUGAUAUUUCCCACACCACAAUGGUUCCUCUUUACGGUCGUGGCCAAACGGCAGAGGAAGUCGAGCCUGAAGACAAAGCAAUGCAUCAUGACAUUAACAUACCUCCUAGACCUUCAGCUUGUGGUAAUCAGAUUCUUGCUACUCCCAGCACACACCAACAGCAACUUCCAUAUCGAAAUCCUUAUCAGCGACCGAACCACGACCCCCUUCUUUUUGCCAAUUAUGAAGAAGAUUCAGCAUCCCCUUUGCUAAACCUUGCAAGAACAUCAUUCAGUAGUUUUCACCAUCCAGUUGUUGGAAUGAUCGGGGAUUUCGUGCAUGCGAGGGUCUUCGGGAACUCGGAUAACUUAUACUCUUACCGUAACUCUUACCAGCUAACAGGGAGCAGUAGGAACCGACUGAGAAGACAGGAAAUGCAGGUAGACAAGUCAUUGAACAGAAUCUCCAUUUUCCUCUUCUGCUGUGUAAUUCUAUGCGUUCUUGUCUUCUAAUGAUAUUGUAUGCGUGGAAACACCCCCAUUUUCAAGACAAGAAGAAAGAAAGGAAGAAGAAAGAGCAAAAGGAAAAAAAAGAAGAUAUUUGUUGUCUUUGUAUUCUCUGUAUAGGCUUUUGGAAGUUAGCUCAUGGACAACUAAUAUGCUUAUAUACACACUUUUUUUUUACCUUUUUCUGGCUCGUUUAGUACUUUACAUAGGUAAUCAAUAUAUGUACAUGUUCAACUUAUAAAAUAUAGUAGUAAGAUUGAACCAAUGGCUAUGUAUUACCUACAUAGUGGUUCUUAUUAUUCUUAUUACUCAAAUUAGAAGCCGUUUUCUUUA